UUUUGAUAUUAAAUUUUUUUAAAUAUUUUAUUUUUAGUUACAAAAUGGUUUCUAAAAAUAAAAUCUAGGCAAAAAGCUAUUUAAAAGCACCAAAAGAUUUGGUAGAUAAUGAAAAAAUAUGAAAUUCAGAAUUCUCAUAUAAUUUGUAACACUCAUCAAAGGAAUUUGAUUCAUUUCUGCAGUCUCCAAGAUAUUUUUUUAUCUCUUUUCGUUUUUGUGCUUUUAGUUCCAUAAAAAACAUAAUUUUUCUUUAAAGUUAGAAGUUUGAAGUAGAAAAUCAUUGUAGCGCCCUCUAUGCGUCCAUUACGCGGGUUCUUAAAAAUGUUUUCUCAAGUCGCUUUCUUUUGAUAAGCGAGUACCAGCAUGUGUAUUAUAAAUGGAGGAAAUUAAAAAUAUAUUAUAUAUCUGUAUAUAUAUUUAUAUUUGAUUACGACACAUACAUACAUAUACACGUAUAUAACUGGGUAUAUUUUCUCAUGCCGGCUAUCACAAUUGUUCCUUGUAUAAGUACAACAAGUGUCUCUAGUUGUUUAGAGAUGCCAAAAACGCUGAUUCUUGCUGUCGACGGAGUACUUAUCUGUAUAUUAAACUAGCGAAAUUCACUAACACGAUUUUCGAUAUAAAAUCAUGAUAAAAUUGUGACUCUAUUGUAUGUACGUAUGGUAUAUCAAAUCUACGUAAUUGAAACGAUCCCUAUUUCUAAACAAGUCGGACACUACAGCAAUUGGUUCCAUAACAAAGGUAACCUAACCUACGCCGAAGACUCUUAAAUAAACUAUUUAAGUCAAACCAUGUGAGGAAAUCGUUGGUAAAUGCCGUGAGAAUGAGACGUUCUCUACUAAACGAACUUUAAACGAGCUUCUUCUAAAAACUAAAAAACAUUAAAGUAGUUCUGAGAAAUACUGUAAUUCAAGUUUCAUGGUCACUUGAAAAGACCGGCAAAAUAACACACCACAAAACCUUGUAUCACACAAAUUAUAUCCUACCGAGGUAUUAGACAGUAAAAUCCUCCACAUAAUUUGUAAAGGUUAAAAUUUAGUUCUAUAUCAAAAGCAUAUUAUAAGUAUUUAGUUAGUGGAUCAAUAAAAACUCGCUAACUAUUUAAAUUCCCGCAAGACGGAGGAAAUUUGGGGCGAUCGGAGGGAUUCAGAAGAUUUUGUUAAAUAAUUACUUGCAAUAUAUAAAAAAGAAAUGUUGGCAACUCUAUUUGUCGCCUUCAAAAAAUAGCCACAAAACAAGAACUUCUAGUUAUUUUCUUUUUCCUGAAGAUACGGGUAUCUUCAGUCUGUUGUUUGCGUGCAAUGUCUCAGGCUUGACCUUUGGUUAUGUUUUUGAUUAAAAAUAUACAUAAAUAAAUGAAAAUAAUGUAUUAACUAUGAUCAAAUAUAAAUGUACCCAUCGCAAAGGAAUUGCAUAAAUUCGGUUUCAAAAUAUUAAGAAUAUAAGGCAGAAGAAUGAAUUCUUCUAAUCUUUUGUCCCGGCAGAGAAUAUUUUGAACUAGCACAUUUGCAAUGCAAUUUAUAAAUUUAUAAAAAAAAAAACAAGAAAAAGCGUUAAGUUCGCCUGCACCUCAGCUAUAAUACCCUUCACAGGUGCAUCUUUUUAGAGCACAAAAGGGUAUAAAAAGAUCGUUAUCUUGGUUAUGAUCGGUUAGUUUGUAUGGCAGCUAUAUGCUAUAGUUAUCCGCUAGCGCUGUCUUGGAUAGUAAUCUGUACUAAAUAUCGUGAUAUCUUGUCAAAUAAAAAAAUUUUCCAUGCAAGGAUUUAAUUUUGAUCGAUCAGUUCAAGCGGCAGCUAUAACCUAUAAUGCUCCGAUAUCGGCGGUUCCGGCAAAAGAGCAGCUUCUGAGAAAAGAACGACGUAUCGAUCAGGGUGUACAAGCAUUGUGGCAAACCCUUUACCUCGUUCAGGGUAAAAAAAUAUACCUAUGCAUGUAAAAAUAUAUGACUACUUAUGCCAUUGGAAAUAAAACACAAUAAAACAAGUUUUCAUAAAAAUACCCGAAAACGUUAUAAUGUCUACUGGGUUUAUAACGUAUGUUUAAAUUGCGCUUAGACAUACAUACGUAUUGCGGAGUUAUUUUUUGAAUUUUCAAAAAUUGGAAGCAAAUAUUAUGCUUAUCAUUAUUAAUAGUAUUGUUACUCAUACAUACAUACAUUUUAAUUGUUUUAACGACAUUUUAAUUAAUUACCCACAUGACUAGUUUAAUUAGCAAAGUUCAAAAAUAAUUCUUAGUUUUAAUGAGUUCUUGAUUUAUUAUGAAUAAUUGGCAUAUAUAAUAUAUUAUACUGCUGAGCCAAUCCUUUAGUUGUACGUAAAUACAUAUGUAUAUUUAUAAGCGUGUAAAUUUGUCGGCCGGAUUUAAAAAAAGGAGGCGUGAUAAAUUGCUGUUCAAAGCAAUGAUAUUGCAUGUAUGUAAAUAAAUAUAUAACUUCAUAUCUACAGUCAUAUGUAUAUGACUUCGCUCUUGUUCAUAUAUUUUGCAAAAAAUUAUAAUGCAAAAAUAGUAUUUUUUGCAUUGUUUGCAUAUAAUAUCCGCUAAACAAUGAUAAAAAUCCUUAUUUUUAUAAUAAGAUUUUUUUCAUAUUAAAUAAACGAUUUGCAUAUGUAAAUGAAUUUUUAUCACAUUUCAGUCAGUUCAGAAAAUUACAAUAACUGCCAUCAGAUCCAGCUCUAAGUAUAAUUGUACGUGUAUACAUACAAACAUAUUUAUACAUAAUAAAACCAUACUUGGAAUCUUUAAUAUUAAAAAUUAUAAAUGUAUGCACAUUUAAUAAACGCUUUAUGAAAUUAGGGGUGAUUGAUGGGCAACAGCGGCCACAUUGCAAUCACAAAUGCAACCGAAUAUUUUGAACGUCUUAGCAAAGAAUAUUUUUAGGAGAUAACUUUACGCUUAGGGAUACAUAUAAGACACAAUAUAUAUUUGGGCAAUUCGUUUAAAAAAGCUUAGCUGCCUGCACUUGAAGGAAACAAGCGUUCGUGCAUUUGAUGAUGAUUUGAAAUUAAAAUGACUUACUUAAGAAGAGUAUACUGUAAAUCUACUUUUGUAAUUUUCACUAGUCUGGGCGGGCUGUUGUUAAAUAAAAAUCCAUUGCGAUAAAUUUAGUAAAUCUAAUAGUCAGCUAAAGGAAGCGGAACUUUGGCGGGAUACAAUAUGUUUGCUUUUGGCAUUUGUAUAUCAAAAUUUACAACACAUAAACCAUUUUGUCAUUUUAGAAACCAAAUGAAAUGGUAAACUAUAAUCUGCAAGAGAAGCAAAUUUGCUAUACAAAAAUCAUGUGCUAUAUUACACUUUACUAUUUCCAGGGUUAAAAAUUAACUCGUCAAACUUUAUAAAACUACUACAUAUUGGUUUUAUGCUGAUACUUUUUGAAAGCAAGUAGGUGACCUCUCAAUUUGUAACACUAAUAAUUCCAAAUAUCCUUAAAUGUACAUCUAUAUAAAUAUCAGUAAUAUUUAUGUAUAUAAUAUUACAAAUAAUGAAAUAAUGAAUAUAUUGUGAACGGCUCAAUAAAAUAAUUCAACGCCUUUGCAUCUUUCUCAUCAGCGGCUAGAACAGCUGGCUGUCGUUUCCACAGAGUCGCUAAAGAUGUUAGCUAUUUCUUUUUCCCCACUAGAGUGCGUAUUUUCCACGCUAGAUGUCGCCACCCUUGUUUUCGCGUCUCUAUUUGCACUCUUCGUAACGAAAAUUCCCGGUAAAGAAAAAAAUUAACCAACUUCAUUCUCUGAAUUCAGUUUUGUAGAAAAUCCCGUCGCGUUCAGACUUAUAAAAUUAAAUGUGGUCCGAAAAGAUAUGAUAAAAACAAAGAAGUCGGGAGAGAAGUGGAAAAGCAAAUAAUUGCAAAAAAAAAAAAAACGAUAAACAUUAAUAAAAAGUGAAAAUAAGUGAGAAAACACGAAAAAAAAGUAAAACUGAAAGUGAACUUAAAACGCUUGCUUUAUAAUAACAGCAUAACAGAUUCCAAAACCAAUUAAAAAUCACACCAUUACAAUAUAUAUAGAGAGUUAUCUGCUCGUCAGUUGGCUACGCUUCAGUGUGAAAUUUCUGGGAGGGAAGAGCGGCGUCUGACGGAGUCGUCGUUACAAAAUGUCGGACGGCAGUCCAGUGCGUGCGCGACAAAAUUGCUGUCGCCUCUGCUUGGCUCCGGGCAGUGAAUGCAUAUCCAUAUUAAACAGCUAUGCGGCGGACAAGGAACCGUUGGCUACUAAGAUACAGAACUGCGUCAGCAUCAAGAUAAAUCCCGAAGAUCACCUAUCGCUGCGCAUUUGUCAUGCGUGCAUCAGUUACCUGAAUUCCUGGCAGAGUUUCAAGAAUCGCUGCCUUGCCUCACAAAACAAGCAACGCAGUUGGUUGGACACGACUAAACGUCAACAAUUGCUCGACAACAAUGUCAGCAUAUCAACGAUUGGUGCAGAUGGCACCGGCCAACAUCAGCAACAGCAGCACCAAGCGGACGAGAAUGAACAGCACACAACGCCGAGCUUGGCAUCAUCGAUUUUGGAUGGAAUUUCGUCGUUGAAGAAACGAAAAUCUUUAACUGUUUAUCCAUUGCCAGCUGUAGAAAUAAAAGAUGAGCCGAUGGAUCCCGAUGAUGAAUACAACACCAAACAGCAUGACGAAUCCGAUGACAUGGUUGACCCAACACUCUUCUUAGAACGCACCGAAGAGGAGGGUGACGAGUCGCUCAUGGAACAAAUUCCCUACCACUAUGAGCAACCGCGACCGCCCAUCGAGCUGGCCACAUUGGUGGAUACCAAAGAGGCGUCCUGUCGCGCCUGCAAUCUGAAAUUCUCCACACGCGCCAACGCACGCCGCCACGAACGCAAUCUGCAUCCAAAUCUCUUCGAGCUCUCAACAUCGACACCAAACAACAUGCCGGUGACCAAACCCACACCCGCAUUGGCAGCCGCACUAGAGUUGCAACGCGCCACAGCGGCCGCUGUAGCCGCGGCUGAAGCGUCGAACGCCGCUUCUGGCAUGAUAACACCGCUCAAGUACCGACAGCAAAUCGUGAACGCAUUCAAUAAGUGUGAAAUCGGCGGUUACGACUAUGAGCAUCCGGAGAAGUAUCAACACCAUUUGACCGACGAGAAGAUCGUUUUCCUACAGCAGAACGAUGAAUUUUUGCGCCAAUAUCAGAAUAUGACUUGUCGUUGUUGUAAUAAAACCUAUACGACCUAUAAGAAUUUCAUGGCACACAUGCGCAAGAAAUAUCUAGCAUUGCCGCGCAAUCUCUGCUUCAAUUGCCUGAAGCUGAACGACUCGAAGGCUUUGUUUAUCUCGCAUUUGAAGCGCCGCAAUUGCAUCAACUUGUACAAAGUGUUGCAUGCGCUCAUGGCGAAGGACAACAAUUUCGCCGCUGCUGUGACUGCCACAGCGGCCGCAGUGCCGGACAAGUUGCGCGCCAAGGAAUUGCUCGUCAAUAAGAUGUACGAAUGCAAAUUGUGUCCGCAGAAGUAUCGGCUGAAGUUGGAGUUCCGUUCGCACGUGUAUGACGAACACGCCGACAUGCAACGCAAGGACACAAUGCAAAAACAAUGCUGCUACUGUGGCUUGGAGUUGGACGAUCCGGCCGAACGUAAACGUCACUACAACAACAUGGAUUGCAUCGUGUCGUUGCGUUGUGUCACAUGCGAUGCCAAAUUCGAUAAUCAUCAGAAAUUCCUCGAUCACGUGUAUGAGAAGCAUUUGGCCGGUUUCGGCGAGCAAACGUCCACAUCGCCGCGAAAUAUUAGCGCCAUAAGCACAGAGCACUCGCCGGUCAAGAAGUCAACUGUUGGCUUGGGUGGCGCCUCCUCCACCGAUGAGUCACGCAGCAGUCACCAAGCUGCCUCAUCAAAUCAACCGAAAUCACAAUAUUUCUCACGUAUGCCACAAGCUUGCCCCAUAUGCGAUCAACAGUACAACAAUUACAACAAUGUGUUGCGUCACAUGGAAUCGAAACAUCCCGACCAAUUGCCACAAACAUACAAAUGCGUUAAAUGCGGCAUUGGCUAUCCGCGUCUCUCCAAUUUGCGCGAACACAUGGUUAGCGCUCAUUCGGCGGAUAAGGCGCGUCAUACGGGCUUUGAGUAUAUUGUGAAUGCGGAUGCGGUUAAAAUUGCCUACGGCACACAACAGAAUGUCUACACGGGACGCUAUGAUUAUGUGAUGAAGGAUUUGAUGUCGAUAACGAAUGGCGGCUCCAUCGCGGACGACGAUGAGAACUCCAGCGAGAAUCCAGCAAAGAAAAUGCGCACAGACAACGGUGCCGCUGUGACAACCAGCACUGGAUCCGGUGGCAGCGGCGGCAACAUGUACAGCAGUCUGAAGGAGUGCCCCAUCUGCAAUGCCGUCUUCAGCAACAAUAUCGGACUCUCCAAUCAUAUGCGUUCACAUAGUGCGGCGGCACAGAACAAUUCACUGACAUCGGGUGCGUUAAACGCCAGCAAAUCGGCACCGAGUGGUCUAACCAUCACAACAGCGCCACCGGCGAAAUCCACAACGCCACCGGCUAUGCAACACCAGACCGCCGUGCAGAAGGCGAUAUUCAAGCGUAGCUUGGAACAGGCAGCCGAUCGACGUUUCCGGCGCAUGCGCUGUCGCCUUUGUCAGCGUCGUUUCUCAUCGAAGAAAUCGUAUCGUUUCCACAUGCUCAACGACCAUCAAAUACGCAAUGUACAGUUUAUUAAAUGCAAACUAUGCGAUGCGGAAUUCGCUUACGAGAAGGGCUUAAAGGUGCAUAUGUUCAAGAUACACAAUACACUGCUAAAGGACGAGAUGAUCGAGAAGCAAUUUGAAUGUGAUAUUUGUUCGAUCGUGUAUCGCAGUGAGCCGCAGCUCAUGCACCACAAGAAAACCGUGCACGGCAGCGCUGUCGGCGGCGCCGAUCAAGCCGAUAAUACAUUCGACGAUAGCUUGGCCGGCGGUGGUGGUGGUGCUGAUGUCAGUUCGGCUGCGAAUCCAGCUGAUCGCUCGGGCCUGUCGACGCCGGUAAGUAGUGUGGGCGCCGAACGCAGCACGUUAGACAGCUCAACGAGCGGUCCGCUCUACUGGUACCAGUGCAAGUACUGUCCGUCGAACUUCAAUACGAACAAGAAGUUGGCUAUACACAUAAAUUCGCAUGACGAAUUCGAUUCGAAUGACUAUUCGUGCAAGGAUUGCGGCAAUGUCUAUAGCGGACGCAAGAGUCUAUGGGUGCAUCGCUAUAAGAAGCAUCCACAAUUCCCCGAACCUUCGGAAUGUGUGCUCUGCAAGAAGGUCUUCUUCGAUAGUCAGAUGUUGGAGAAUCACAUACCGACCUGUAAUCGCAAACCGAUCAACGCAUCGGGCGCUGUUGCCGAAAGCGCUGGACCGCCACCCAUUUACAAGCAUAAAACCGGCGAUGACGAUGACGAUGCAUCACACGAUGCAAGCGGUGUAAUUACGACAAGUGCUUUGGGUGGUGGUGAACUGGAGAUUACACCGAUACCGGCCAGUGGCAUGAAGAUUAAACUACCCGAAGUGGCUUGUACCAUAUGUGGACAACGUUUCACCGAUCAGGAAUUGUUCGCCAAACACAUACAAAUGCAUGAAAUGGAAUUGUAUACGGAUAAUCCGUUGGCAGCCAUGUUUGAUACUGGCCCAGCGGAUCCGAAUCAAUUCUAUUUGGAUCGGGUGAAUGAUAAUGGCGAAUACGCCUGCGAUUUGUGUAAUAAAACAUUUACACAAAUGACUGCACUUAAAGUGCAUCGUAAAUGGCAUUUCAGAGGUGAUAGCAAACAGAACCAAGCCGACGGGGAUCUUUCAGCCAAUGCAGCAGCGAACCCCUUAUCACAGAUCCAGAUCAACCAUCAACAUCCACCGGGAUUACAAGCAGUGGGCCUUAUGCCCAAUCCCCAUCAUCACUCUUCAAAAUCCCAGAAACGCAAACGCGAACUUAAAUGCGAAUACUGCCCGUCCACCUUCAUCAGCAACAACAAUCUGCGUCGUCACAUCUACGAAUUGCAUAAAGAGGAAAUCGGCAAUUUGCCAGUGCCGCCAAAAAUCAACAUCGAUCCAUAUUUGCAAUGUCGUCGCUGUCAAGAGAAAUUCGACACGAAGAACGAAUGGAUCGCACACAAAGUGAACGAUGCGCGCGUCACAAAACCAUUCGGACCCUUCCAGUGGGGUUGUGAUUUGUGCGGUGCCUAUGUUUCGCGCAAAGAGAAGCUAAUCAAUCACAUACACAAUCACCUGAAGGAGAAAGAGAUUGUGCCGGUGGAGGAUCAGCAGCAGACACAUGAUCAGAACCAGAAUCGUGCUGUGAAGACAAAGUCAGCGACGACGGCGGGUGUGGUGGCGCCGAUUUCGAUAAAAGUUGUAGCUGAUGGUGAGGUGAAGGUAAAGCAAGAACAGGACAGUGAUGAGGAGAAGGAAGACUUACAGGAUGGUGUGCUUAAGGGAGAGGCUGAGGAGUCCGAUGAAGAGGAGGUCGGCGGUGAGGUGGAUGGUGAAGUAGAGGAGGAUGAAUCGACACGCCAGGAAGUUAGUGCGGCGCGUCGACCUGGCAUGGACACAGAUGAUGAAGUCGAUGAGGAGGAUGCUUCCGAAGAGGAGGCGGACGAAGAUGAGGAAUAUGAAGUUAUGCAGGUGGAUAUGAAUGAGCAGGCCGACGGUGAAGUGGCGGAAGCGGAUGAAGAUGACGCCGACGAUGCCGAAGAGGGUGGGGAAGAUGCAGACGAUGGCGAUGGCGAUGACGUUGAUAUGGAUAAUGAGGAAGACUCCAAUGAUCGUACUAUUACCGCACCAAAUGAACGUAGUUACGCGCGCGUGCCAACGGCCGCAACACAAGUCACCAUCGAAACAAAUCGCAUAUCGACAGAUACAACCGAAGACUCAUCGCCGUCAUAUGAUGAGGACGACGACGACGAUGAUAACGACAAUGAUUCGGAUGAUGACAGUGAUGCGGAGAGCGGCGAUAGCUCAUCACAGGCAUCGAAGACACCGGCACCGGCGCCGAAAGCACGCUUCUCCUGCGAUCUCUGUCGCGUCUUUUUUGAUUCGCAACAAGAGCUGCAAAAACAUGUGAAAAUGCAUUUCCUUAACGGACCCGGCUCGGUGUCGCUAACCGAAAUCAAGCCAAAGACGGGCAACAAGUCGAGCCGCAGCAGCAGCAGCGACGUGGUGGCGGUGUAGUCGUGACGCAACGCCGCUGCAACACUCGCUACCUGCCAAUGCUAAGUAAUACUUAUGUUGUUGUUUUUAAUACUGUCACAUAACAGAAAUGCUAGUUAUUAUAAUUUUAUUAUUAUUCUGCAGCGCAAAUGAGCGCCGCUUAUAAAUACUUUAGUGAGUUACUGCCUAAUUUAUUUAAUUCAUAUUUUAUUCUAUUAAAUUUGAAAAAAAAAGAAUUAAAAGCUUUGUGUUGCCCAUGAAUUGUUGUAGCAAUUAGAAGAUUAGUAGAAGUAUGAAUGCAAACAUUUUAUAAAAAUAACUGUAAAACCUUAACUAUACAGCAAUAAUAUAAAGCGUAUGUAUGUAUUAAACUAAUAUAAUAUAAUAUAUAUACAUAUAUAGAAAUAAUAAUUUAAGAUAUUCCUGCUCAGUUAGAUUUCGCCUGAAGAAUGCAUGCAAAUAAUGUGAAACCACCAAUAACGGCUUUUACUACAGACACAUAUAUACAUAUGUAUGUAAUUAAAUGAAUACGAAAUAUACAUACAUGCAUACACAUAACCUAAAAAUAUGCUGCAGCAUUGCAAGAAAUCGCAAACAUUUCCAAAAAUCAGGAAAUAAGUUAAUCAUUUUUAUUAUAAUUUUAUUUUUUUUCUUUAAUUCUAAAAAUAAAAAUUCAAAUGAAUAUA